AUGGCCUUUGAGCAUCAUCAGAAAGAUGUCCGGGAUCGUUUCCCCGCCCUCCAGCAGGAACAGGUCUUUUUCGACAACGCCGGAGGCAGUCAGACUCUCGAUACCGUGAUUGAUUCCAUUAGGGACUAUCUAAGCUCUACAAAUGUGCAACUCGGCGCCUCUUACGCCGUGGGCAAGAAAUCAACGGCCGCUUAUAGCGCUGGAUACCAGGCCGCUGCCAAGUACAUCAACGCCAACCCCGAUGAGAUCGUCUUUGGCGCUUCGACCACCCAACUUUUCCGCAAUCUCUCAUAUGCCCUCAAAUUCAACCCGGGAGAUGAGAUUGUCGUUUCCCGUAUAGAUCACGAGGCCAACAUUGCCUCAUGGGUGGAUCUGGCGGAGCGACAGAAUCUCGUCCUCAAGUGGUGGAAGCCAGCUCCCGGUGUGAACCCUCAACUUCUUACUAAAGACUUGGUCAAGCUUUUGUCACCAAAGACAAGACUCGUCACUUGUACACAUGCAAGCAAUAUCUUGGGAACAAUCACUAAUGUGCGACUCGUGGCGGAUGCGGCCCACAGCGUCGGUGCCCUUCUGUGUGUUGAUGCCGUAGCAUAUGCUCCGCACCGGCCCAUCGAUGUCAAGGCACUUGGCGUUGACUUCUACUGCUUUUCUUGGUACAAGGUCUACGGGCCUCACAUCUCUAUGCUUUACGGUAGUUGGAGCGCGCAGACCCAUCUCAAGUCAUUGGGCCAUUUCUUCAACCCCUCUGCCACCCUAGAAGACAAACUCGGUCUUGCUGCCGGAUCAUACGAGUUGCUCCAGUCUAUCCCAAAAGUUGUUGAAUAUCUAGACUCCAAGUGGAACAAAAUCAUCGCCCAAGAGGCCAGUCUUCAAUAUGAGCUCCUAAGCUAUCUCAUCGACAAAUCAAAGGUUACCAUUUACGGCGUCCCAGGAGAGCAGACCUCGGAACGAGUAGCGACGAUUAGCUUCUCCGUCAAGGGGUGGAAUUCCCAAGACCUUGUGGAGGCAGUGGAGAGCAAGUCUAAUUACGCUUUCCGUUGGGGGACGUUUUACUCGGACCGACUUGUUCGAGAGACUCUGGGUUUGGGCAAAGAUGGUGUUGUGAGAGUAAGCAUGGUGCAUUACAACACAGUGGACGAGGUGAAAGGGCUUGUCCGUGCACUUGACGAGGUCAUUGGGCAAUGA